AUGAAAAAAUUAGAAGAAUAUUAUUUUCUUUUUCAGAUCCUGUACUUUUCGAAGUUAGGGGGACGUGAUAUUAUCAAUAGAACAAAUAUAAUUUUGAGGCGACUAAUAUUUGAUAAUUUGGCAGUUAGCUACAAUUAUUUGGGAACUAUACAAGAGAAGAAGGCAUUCAAAACUUCAUUUCUCAACAAGGUUGUAAUAAGCAGUGUCACAAAGUGA